AUGUGGUAUUGUGAUGGUGAAGAAGAUUGUCCAGAUGGAAGUGAUGAACGAAAUUGUGCUUCUGCAAGAGAAUGUGUUAAAGGCGAACGAAAAUGUCCUAGCAGUAAUCUUUGUAUAUCGGAAAGCCAGUGGUGCAAUGGUGUUGAGGAUUGCCCGGACGGCUCGGACGAAUUGCACUGUCCCAAGAAUGGAACUGUCGAGUCAUGUGAUGCGAAUACGCAGUAUACGUGCCCUACAAAGCCUCCUGUUUGCGUCAAGUAUAGCGAUCUGUGCGUGAAACGUGGCCAUAAUGACUGCGGGGACGACAUUACUUGUGCAAAGAAUAUAAGCAUUUGUACUGAAAAGAGCGACUAUUGUGAUUGUCACAACUCUUUUGUCAAGAAUGUGCAAAUUUGUCAUUGCCGAGCUGGAUUCCGUGUCGUUAACGGAAAAUAUAUCAAUGAAUGUGAACAACCAGGAGUUUGUGAUCAGAUAUGCGUAAACACUCCUGGCAGUUAUGCUUGUCGAUGUCACCGCCAUUACAAGCUCAGUCGAAGUCCAAAUUCUACUGUUCCCAACAGAUGCAGAGCGAUGGGUGGUGACCCUCUUCUCUUACUCAGUAACAGAGCUACCAUUAGGCAAUUCGAUCUUGUCACAAACGUCCACGUUCCACUUAUUCAGAGCCCAGGAUCAGCAGUUGCCAUGGAUUUCCAUCAUGAGAAUGGGACCCUGGUUUGGUCGGAUAUUGCACUGCAGAAAAUACUGAUGUGCAAAAUUGGCAACGAUUCAGUACACCACCACUUAGCCGUUAUGGACAAGUGUGCCGAAGGCGAACAAAUCGUGCUUCUUGAUUCUAACGUUCAUACUCCGGAUGGACUAGCGAUUGACUGGAUUCACAAUCUCUUGUUUUGGACAGACGGCGGUCUCGAUCAGGUCAAUGUGAUGGAUUUGGAAACGCGCCAGAAACGCACCCUUUUCCAUGAUGGUUUAGAGGAGCCUCGUGCCAUAGCUGUUGAUCCUGAAAUGGGUCUCAUAUUCUGGACCGAUUGGGGAAAGGAGGCUCGUAUUGAACGUGCAGGAAUGGAUGGACAGCACAGAUUGGUCAUUGUGAAAGGAGAACGUGUUAAAUGGCCUAAUGGUCUCGCUCUUGAUUACAUUGAUAAACGUGUUUACUGGGCCGAUGCCAAAGUCAAAUCAAUCUUCUCGUGCGACUACUGGGGUCGUGAUGUUAAGAUAAUUCUUCAUUCGCACCAGUAUCUGCGUCAUCCGUUCUCCAUUGCCGUGUUUGAGGAUCGUAUUUAUUACACCGAUUGGGAGCACGAUGGAGUGAUCACUAUCAACAAGUUUACCGGAGGAGAAAUGCGUACAGUGAUGCAAAAAGUUUCAACUCCUAUGACUGUCAGAAUUUAUCACAAGCAAGCACAGCCAAGGUUGGAGAACAAGUGUUAUAACUCGGGAUGCGAUCAAAUGUGUCUACCACGAGCGGUUUACCGCAAGACUGAACCAGCUCUUGAAACUGAAUGGCAUGAUCGUCCGUACGCGUGCAUGUGUCAAGGGGAUACUCCUACUGAUCUCAUUGAAUGUGCUGGUAAGAAACCUUACAUUGUGGUAUUUCUUGCCUGGUUCAUGUUAUUCUGGGGUCUCCGAAGAAAAGUGAACCAU